AACACUUAAUUCAUAGCUAAUUUAAUUAAAUAGCUAAUUUGCAUUUCAUCUGGUUCAAACAAUGGCUUCAAAACAUUUAAAGCGCCGAUUCCAUUGCAUCUGAAAAAAUAAAGGCAACAUCGUAAAUGUAUGAUUUGAAUGAUCCCCCUGUCCUUUUUAAGAGGACAAAUUACUUGUGUAACUCAGCGGGCUCCCUGCUGCUUGACUCAAGAAUAUUAAAGGAAAUAUCUGAGGUUCUUAUCUGGUUAAAUGACGAAACAAUUCAGACAUAUCUUGGGGAGUUGCCGUCAGCUCAAAUGACACACAGGUAUUACAGCUCCGUGGGUUCUCGCCAUCGUCAUCAGCCAGUAUCCGUGCACUGCUGGAUAAAGGCCUCUCCAAGCCGUCGUGUUUAGUUUGCGAUGCAACAAUCCAAGUACACGCACGUGACUUGACUUCAUCACUCCCAUCGUUGCAGUGGAGGCGCUUUCGAGCAUAAUUUUUGACUUGACCUGCCAUACGGUCUUCACAUCCCGACCACCGGCUCCAGCCCAAACCCACCACUUUGCGCUCACAAUGUCUCUUACCCUGAUCGUGUUCCCACGUGGUUAAUGGAAUGACUCCGUGGCCUCUCGCACAGUUAAUUUAAUGACGUAAUCAAAGAGAUCUGAAGUUUUCGCCUGGUUAAGUACAUGUCAAGAUAAUAAAAACAGCGGCCCUUUAAACUUGGUUGAUCAAAAGACAUCAAAGACGUUUUAUCUUUGUGGGCUGUCAUCUUUGUUUAAUAAAGGACAAUCGAAUGGGAACAACGCAGUGGGUUCCUACAUGGUUAAUCAAAUGACUCGGCCUGUCACAUUACCUGACAAUUCCAGAUAAUGACAAUAAUUAGAGAGAUGACCUCUUGUGUGCUUACCUGCUUAAUUAAAACCCCGCUGUAUUAAAUUCACGGGCACCACGAGCUACUCUCCCAUUGGCCCAGAACUGGUUGUGGGCGAGGCCACCGUCUGGUCGCUGCAGCGGAGUUGAGUUUACAAGUUCGCGUCCCCGUCCUUUCACCCCGUGUAAACAGACAAACAACUUACAGGAUGGACGAUCCGGACGGCGCGGAGGCGCAUCUAAACAACAACAACGACGUCGUCGAGGUCAUAGAAUUGGACGGUGACGCCAACCCGGAUGAUCUGGCGGACGAAAUGGAAGAUGUCGAUUUUGCUGAUGAGUGCGGUGAUGAUGAGGACGACGAUGAUGACGACUACAAUGAGGAGUGGGCGAGUGAGGCGGAUGAUGGUGGAGAAAGUGUUCCUGAUGACAGCGAGUUUACGGUCAAGAAGCACAAAGGUGCCGUUUUCUGCGUCGCCCUGGACCCCAAGUCGAACGCGCUGGCUGUGACAGGCGGCGAGGACGACCUGGCGUACGUGUGGAGAGUGGGCGACGGAGAGAUCCUCUUCCCCUGCACCGGCCACAAGGACUCGGUGACAUGCACAGGAUUUAGCCACGACUCCUCCAUGGUGGCCACGGGCGACAUGAGCGGCCUCAUCAAGGUGUGGAGCUUGGCCACGGCGCAGGAGCUCUGGUCUUUCGAGGUGUCCGACCUGGAGUGGAUUGAGUGGCAUCACAAGGCACCUGUGCUGCUGGCUGGUACCAACUCGGGAGAAGUGUGGAUGUGGAAGAUUCCUGCCGGUGACUGCAGGACCUUCCAAGGCCCUGGCUGUCAGAGCAUGUGUGGGAAAAUCUUCCCAGAUGGUAAAGUAGCCGUUGUGGGCUACGAGGAUGGGACGGUGAGGAUAUGGGACUUGAAGCAGUCGACGCCUGUGUUCACUUUCAAAGGCAAGGAUGGGCACCAGGGCUCGGUAACGUGUGUGGCGGUGCACGACGACGGCACGUUGGUGCUGACCGGAUCCGUGGACCGCACGGCAAGUCUGCUCAAUGCCGUCACCGGCAAGGUCCUGCACGUGUUCACGUUGGAUGCCAAGGUGGGCACGGGCAGCGGUGCUGGCGCUGCCGACGGAGACGAGGAGGCGGGGAGCUCCAACUCUGUGGAGUCGGUCGGCUUCUGCAAAGUGCACCCACUCAUCGCUGUGGGGUACUUGGAUGGAACUCUGGUCAUCUGGGACGUCCCGUCACAGACACUGCGCCACAGGUUGCAGGAAGGGGUGGGCGUGGUGAAGCUGCAGUGGGACCUGUCCUCGGCAACGCUCUUCGUCUGCAGCCUGGACGGCCGCGUGCGUCUCUACGACGGGCGCAGCGGUGCCUCGGCCGGGCUCCUGCAGGGCCACCGCGGGGAGGUGCUCGACUUUGCGCUCAGCAGGGACUCGUCAAUGCUUGUGACGGCGUCGGGAGACCACACCGCCAAAGUCUUCCACCUGCAGAAGCCGGACCGCUAACGGGACCAUCGGGGAACGCCCAAUCUUGCCGGGAUACGCGCUGGUGUUGGUGCACCUCUGGAGGUGGCAGCCCUAGAGCAUUUGUGGUGCCCACAUCACCAACGAUGAUGACGAUGAUUGUGAGAUAUUCUUCUUCCUGAGGUACGUGCCGGUGUUGGUGCACCUCCGGAGGUGGCAACCCUAGAGCGUUUGUCGUGCCCGCGUCACCGAACGCACCGGACGGUCGUCCGCUCCUCGUAGUGGCUGUGCUGGCCCUCCAGCAGGCGCCUGUAGGUCUCGAUCUCCUCCUCGAGGCGCAUCUUGGUGUUGAGCAGAGUCUCGUGCUCGCGCAGCUGCCGGUCGAUGUCGCCGCGCGCCGAACCCAGCUCGGAGAGCAGGCGGGAGAUCGAUCCCGCCAGGCCUGCCAGGCCCUCUGCGCUGUGCGCCUCCACGUCCUGGGCUGCCUCGUUCAGCGAUGACACCUGGUGCGAGUGGGGUGGCGGGGGGAAGGCGGUGGGCAGGGGAGAGGGUGAGCGCCAGGACUGGUGAAAUGCAUGAGUAAAAGAAAUUGUUUUGGGAAAUUGAUUUUGAUGACGAAUUUGAAUGGGAGAUGGACUAAUUACUUGGUCGACACGAAUGUUCGUGCCUUUGAGAUUCUGCUAAUUGGCAUUAUCACCAUUGCCCGUGAUCUGUCCACUGCUGGAUGAAGACCUCCCCAGUACCAUAUUUGGCACUGGAUUUGUUUGUCGAGAGAACGAGAAAAUAAGGAAAGCACAGAACGACACGGACAGACUUAGUAAGAGAGAUGUAGGAAUGAUCCAAAGCGACGAGACCAAAUCAAGACGGGAGACAGUGGAAGACGUGGAAGGAGUUCAGCCCUCCCGUCGCUGUUUAUUGGAUGGAAUGUAAAAUGAUAAGGCGAAUUUAUUUUUACUGUUAUUGACUGUCAACAACAUGUUUGUUGUAUGAAGUAUACUUUAUCAUAGUCUCAUUGUGGGUGGCAAUGGAUACAGCAUUGCAUCGCAUGCUUUCAUAUGCAGUGCGCUUCUGCCGACGUCUGGAACGCUCUUCCUUCCGAUAUAAGGAACCAGUGGAGCUAUGCUUGCUGUGUUUAAUUUGUUGUCCUUCCCCCGCACCUCCGAUUAGCAUGGUUGGCUACAUACGGUGCGAAAGAAGUUCAACAUACCUAGGUACAGCAUUCACACUGCUCCCCUCCUCAAUACGCGUCUCCGCCCAACAUGGGAAAGCUUACGAUCAGCGCAGAGAAGUAUGUGAGCCCUCCGAAGUGACGCUCUCAACCGCACACGCUAAAUACACGUUUUUACUGAACGGAGGAGGAGGGUGUUUGUGGAUGCUCACCGUGCUGCGCAGGGUUUCCGCCUCGGCGUACAGGGCCUGCAUCGCGCGCCGCUGCUCCGACAGCUGCUGCCUGAGGGUGCCCAGCUCCUCCGAGUUCUGCGAGAUGCGCGGAUGAAUCGCGUCGACCUGCGCGGGUGAGCGGGGAGGUAGAGCAGGGUCACCGCCUCUCAUCCCCCCUGCUCCUCCCGCCGCCGUCUCCCCCGCUGUCACCGGCGACAUUGUUUGAGAGUCGGGGGGGUUAAAGACGGAGGUGGCCGCGUGGCUCAGAAGUUGGGGGUGAAAGCGCCGAGCUGGUACCGAUGGGAAUCUGGGUUUAGAAUCGAGGUCUCGGUUUGCCUGCCCACGUUUACACCUUCCCUCGCACCUCGAAUUGGCACGGUUGGCUGCGUAUUGUGCGAAAGAAGUUAAACCUACAUACAAACCGGGUUCUCAAGUGUAGUGAGUUGAGUGUAUCUGUGGGUCUGCAGUGUGAGUGUAUGACUUGACGAAUUGGGACUGCUGUGAAGUGGGAUCCGGGUUGUCUACUGUAGGUCUCUGAGUCUGUGGAUUUCUGUAUGAUUCUAUCCGUCUCUUUGUUAAUUUGUGGCUUUCUACACGAGUCUAUGGGUCUCAAUGUGAGGAUAUAGGUCUCUAUGAGUCUUUUGGCCUCUAUGCGAGUUUGUGGGUCUCAAUACGAGUCUGCAAGUCUAUACGGUGAAGUGCAACCCAUCACUGACAUCACAACACCGUACAUGCUUUCAUAGAACGGUACAAACGGAAUCCAUCUGGCGAACCAGAUACUAUCAAACGACUGAGGCAUGUCCCAGCGGUAGUACCCUCGUCACUUGUUGCAGAGGAUCACGGUUCAAGUACAGCGGCCACCCUGAUUAAUAUUGCCACUGUACAAACAUGAAGAUACGCGCUGUCCGCUUCAAAGUGGACAUUAAAGAUUCCCCUGACGUUCGCAAAAGUAGGCUUUUUGAGUGCCGGUGUCAUGGUGUAAUUUUUUUGCCAAAACUGACAUAAUAUAGUGAUUUAUUAUUCAUAGCCACCAUCGCCCACAACUGAAACCUCAGCAGGAUCCUCCUGCAAACGAGUCAUGAGACUCGGUGAGGCUUUACUGGGUAAAAAUGUGCUAUGAGGAAGGGCCGCUGACCGAAACGUCGCCGUUUAUAAACUCUUUCUUUUAAGGCGCAACUUUAAUGUAUGUAUGUUGAACUUCUUUCACAUCGUGCAUAGCCAACCAUGCAAAUUCGAGGUGCGUGGGAUGGACACCAAAACAUGACGAAUGUGUUGAGUUUGUUGUUUGUACUCGCGCACCACUGCCGAUGCAGUGUCACCAAAACAGUUGUUACGACUCAAACAAACAAAAUGGCUCCACAACCUCAAUGCACACGGAGACUCGAACGUGUCCGUUCCUUGUCAAGCGCCAGAGGAAAGAAGGAUGCGCCCGCGAGUACCUUGCUCUUGUACCAGACCUCCAUCUCCUGCAGGUUACUCUUGAUGAGUGCCUCGUACUGAGUCCUGAUCUCGGCGAUGAUGUCGUUGAGGUUGUGCCCCUUGACGCUGUCCACCUCCACCGAGAUGCUCGACUCUUCGAUCUCCUUGAGCAGAGAACUCUUCUCCUGUGGACGUCACCGUCACAGCGAGUGCCGGAUUAUCCUCGUAGCAAAAGUAGAAAAUGCUAUGGGCCCCGCUCUAAAUUCUUUCAAGCUAUCAAUUCCGGUUCAGUCAUUCUGCACUUGCUUUAUUACUAUAGUACGAUACGGCUUUCAACUUUUAUGAACGACUGGGUGUUUAAGGUUAGUGAUUUGUUGUAUUAUCUGGCUGUAUAGCAAAUGAAAAAAUACAGUUACUUUACUGUGCAAGUACAAAUUUUGAGUUUUAAUAUGUAAGUAUAUUUUUUAUUUAUUCAGGGCCCCUUUCUAACAUAUGCUACAGGCCCCACACGAGUUGAAUCAGCAUGAGCCCUUCCACCCUCCGCCACUAGGGGAUGUAGUCACACUUUGGAAGUGGGCGUGAGUGGGGAGGGGAUCAUAUUCGCAAAAUGAUUUUUUUUAAUUGGUAGAGAUUACAGAUGCACAUUGAACCAUGCACAGUGCGAGAGAGUCGUGUGACAUGCACGCCCAUGACGCAUUGGCACAUCGUCGUAGUAAUAAUAAUAAUAUGUAUUUGUCCUGCGCAAUAUUUCAGAGACGGCGUCACGAUGCCGAGUCCUGUGGCGGUGCUCGAACGUAGAGGCGCUGGUUGUGAUCAGGUCAUCCACUACCCUGAGUGUGGCUGUUUCUGUUAGAAUGCUCUGAACGAUGUGCGCAAUGGAACGGUGCAAACAUUUGCCCCGUUGAGAUAAGAUAUUGCUCGGUAACUGGAGGGAUCGUCACGAUUAAGGUUAGGUUUUUAAAAAAAGCGUAACCAGACGUGUUUUAAGGUUGGAUCAUUUGCAUGCAACGCGCGCACGUGCCCCCAGGCUGGGGAAGCGUUCCUGCACGCCGGCCGCACGAGUUCCACAGGUAACGCGUGCAAUUAUUAACGCGUGACCGGCUUACUUCAUGCACGAAUGGUCGAAUACAUGAAAUAAUUAAUAUAAGCAACAAUGGAUCCAUAGAUUAGAGGAAGAAUGUGUCAAUGUGUGAAUGAUUUAAUACGUACCCGAACGGACGAAUUAAUGAAUGCGAACAGGGACGCAUGGAACGAUGUGUGAGUGAAUACAACACUACAUAAAUUAACGCAUUGAUAUUAUAUUUUUAAGUUUACUAGGUUUGUUUUCUCUUUAAUUUGUACCUGAUGAUGAUUGCUUGUGUUGCAAUCGAAACGUCGUGUGCUAUUAAUUAAUACAUUUUCUUUCUGCGUGACUUUACCGAAAGAACCAAAGAGUAAUUCCUGCAGUCACGAAAGCUCCAAAUCAAGUUUAAAACCACAACAUGUCUGAAUUAGUGCAUUCAAAUUGUGUGUGGGUGCCUCUUGGCGACAUUCAACAAUGUCGAGGUUUUUUUUUCUUUCGAGCCGUGCCACACAGUGACUGCGUCCAAUGCCCUCCCCUUUCUGCCACGCUGCCAAACGCUCGGCAAACAACGACGGCGGUUUUAAAAUAAAAAAAUCAAAACAAAUGGCUCGCGUAAACAACGCACCGGUAAAUGGCUUUCGCUGCAAAAAAUUAAAUAUUAAAAUUAUAAUUUGCGCUCGUGUGUACAGCCCCGUGUACGUGCGUACAUCUCAUCGGCAAAGCGAGGAGAGCCCCCUAAAAAAAAACUCUUUAAAAAAAGUAAAGGGAGAAAGAAAAAGUCUUAAAAAAUGGAAAUUGGAAAAGUUUCGCUCAUCCGUGCAAGUGAGGAGAAGUCAACCAGACUUUUGGCUGUGGCCUCUCAAAGAGGAUUAACGCCUUCCAGGGUUUAUGUCUGGUUGUAUUUUUUUUUAUUUGAACGUGAGCUCCUGUGACAGAUGGGAGCCACGGACGUGUGAAAUUUUGCAGCGGUGUCCAUGAUGGGGUUGCCCGAAUGUCGUGCUGGGGGGAAAAAAAAAAAACCCAAUCCUUUCUUUUCAGACGAUUUUACUUUUGACCCAAGAAAUACCAAAACAAAAACCGGUGCCGAUGGCUCCGUCGACAGCAGUGCGGUACAAUUCGACGAGGCGAUGGACCCAAAUUGUGGGCGUGCUCGAUUGCUAAGCGUUGCGUUGCGUGCUUGCGGGUUUUUGUUU